AGCAUAAACAGUCAAGGCAAUAAUGCGCCAUUGUUUAGGUAUUAGCGCGAAUUAUGCGUCACGUGACGUCAGCACCACGUGACCACAAACAAAACUUCAUGGCGGCGCACUGUACGGCGAGAUCAGGUCUGUUUGGCAUCCUGCAGAAACACCUUUGUCCCAGAAGCUGUGAACCUCCAACAGCCGUCUUCUGUCAACAACAUCGACACUUCUUCUGGCAGAAGUGGAAAAAUUCUCACAAUGUAGUUCGUCCAGCUACUGUUAAACCUCCUAAUGCAGUGCCAGAGCACAUUGUGCGCCCUGACUAUGUGAGAAGUAGACUGGUCCCAGAAUGGCCAGACUACAUAGAGAUCAAAGAUCAGGAGCAGGUUGAAGGCCUUACGCGAGCAUGUCAGCUCGCCAGACAUGUACUGUUGUUGGCUGGACGCAGUCUAAAGGUUGGCAUGACAACAGAUGAAAUAGACUUCAUCGUUCACCAGGAGACAAUCAGGCACAAUGCCUAUCCUUCCCCUCUCCAAUACGGGGGCUUCCCCAAGUCAGUGUGUACAUCUGUGAAUAAUGUGGUCUGCCAUGGCAUACCAGACAGUCGGCAACUUCAAAAUGGCGAUAUCAUCAAUAUCGAUGUCACUGUGUACUUGGAUGGUUACCAUGGUGACACCUCCGAAACUUACUUGGUUGGCCAGGUAAACGAGGUCGGUCAGCGCUUGGUGGAAACUGCCAGGUUGUGCAGAGAUGAGGCCAUUGCUGUCUGCAAGCCCGGUGCACAGCUCUGUGUUAUCGGAAACACUAUCAGUGAAAUAGCUAAUGCUGGGGGCUUCCAAGUGUGUCCUUAUUUCAUUGGACAUGGGAUAGGCUCCCACUUUCAUUGUCACCCUGAGAUCUGGCACCAUGCUAAUGACAAUGACAUGACCAUGGAGGAAGGGAUGGCUUUCACAAUAGAGCCUAUAAUCAUGGAGGGAUCUGUUGAGUUCAAAAUCCUGAAAGACAAGUGGACUGCAGUGUCUGUUGAUGAUAAAAGGUCGGCUCAGUUUGAACACACAGUGGUUAUCACAGCCGAUGGAGUGGAUAUUCUCACCCAGCUGCCAGAAGAGCGCAAGCUGUAACCUGAUGGAGCCCAAGUUCUGACCACCUACUGCAGCAUUUAUAAGAGCUUGAGUGGUCAUUCAAAUGCAUGUAUUUAAAAACACAUUUAUAAACACUUUCUACCUGUAAGUUAUAAUAAAUAAUACAAUUAACUCAGCCAGCACAUUUCCACUGAACUAACUGAGCCUCUGUAAAGUUGUUCAAAGCACACAUUCCCCACAACAGCGUUGUUCAUCUUAAAGGGUUUGUGUUUGUUUAUAUUUAUCCUUUCAUUAAACCACCAAACACUUUAA